GGCUUCCGGGGCGGCAGCCACCUGGCCCGGCCCCCUCCGGCCCCGCCCGCUGCUGCUCGGCGCGGUGAUUCACUCCCUCCUUCGCCCGGGGGGCCCCCUUCCCGGCCAGACGGCGGGCGGCACGGCUGGCUGUGCAGCGUCCUCGAACCCACUAGCAGGCCCGCAGCUCCUCCGCACCCCUGGGGACUCCCGCGCACGCCAUGGCGGAUUCUGAGCGCUUCUCAGCCCCCGGCUGCUGGGCUGCCUGCACCAGCUUUUGGCGCACCCGAAAGGGAAUCCUCCUCUUUGCUGAGAUUAUUUUGUGCCUGGUGAUUCUGAUUUGCUUCAGUGCCUCCACACCGGGAUACUCCUCCCUGUCCGUGGUUGAGAUGAUCCUUGCUGCUAUCUUCUUUGUCAUCUACAUGUGUGAUCUGCACACCAAGAUACAGUUCAUCAACUGGCCUUGGAGUGAUUUCUUCCGAACCCUCAUAGCGGCCAUCCUCUACCUGAUCACCUCUAUAGUUGUCCUUGUUGAGAAAGGAAACAAUUCCAAAAUCGUUGCAGGGGUAUUGGGUCUGUUGGCUACUUUCCUCUUUGGCUAUGAUGCUUAUGUCACCUUCCCCUUGUGGCAGCAAAGGCACACUGCAGCCCCUACUGACCCUGCCGAUGGACCGGUGUAGGUGAACUCUCUUCCUUUUUCUCUGGACCCUGCAAAUGACACCUGUUGAAAUAACUUCUCCCUGUCCCUACAAAACUCCCAACCCCCAUGAGGUUACAGUGCCUUUUCUGGAGCAUUUGUCUUCCAGCUUGCCAAUCACCCUGCUGGGUGUGGCCACCUUCCUGGGUGUAUCUAGGUGCCCUUUCUGCAGUGUUCAGCUGGCCACACCAGUUCUGACUGGGUGAUGCUGCCCACCCCCCACUUAAGUCUCUAAAUAAGGAGGACCAAAGAUUUCAGGCCCCCUGUUAUGUCUCACUUCUCAAUGUGAGGGAUCUUCUAUGGAAGGAUAGAUCAGUAAUAAACAGAUUGUUUGAAC